AGCCCAAGAGGAUGCUAUAAAAGACACAUUAACAGCUCCCUGGGAGAAGCCAAUCUUUUGAAUAUAUGAUGGUGACUCAGCACUCAGGUGAUUUCUGGUUUUGGUCAAGUGCGAUUCUCAGCGGAAUCAGGAACUUAACCUGAGUUCCUUUUGGGAUGUCCAUCCCACAAAUGUCUUGUCUUCUCUCUUUGCCAGACAAAUCUCAUUUCGCUCAGCAUAGCGCUCGCAUACAGCGAGGUAUCAUACAGGCUUAGCUCUUUUUGUUGCUGCCAGUGAUACUUUGGUUUACCAUCUGAUACCAUGGAGCCCUUCUCUUUAAGAUCCAAGUACCAGGAGGUCUUUGUCAAUGAUAACAGGCAAGAUCAGAAGAUUGUCGUCGAGGAGCAUGGAGUGGAGCCUGGAUCCCGUAGAUUCCCAAACAAGAGGGAAAUCCCCGCACCUCAGCCGGCUACUUGGAGAAAUAACCUUACGGCAUUGUCACAGCAUCGCAACCUCUACUUUGUUGCGUUCAUGCAUGAAAUUUAUGUCUACCAACCGACUAUCCACUCUGUUGGCGUUACGCCCAAGCUGAUUCUCACCCCUUUACUCGCAAACCCUUCGGCUGCUGGGUAUAUCUCUCAAUCUCGUCCUCAUUCUAUCAACCAUAUUGUGGUUGGCGAUUUGGGGAACGAGGAGAUUCUACUCCUUUCAACGGACUCUGGAAACGUAUCUGCUUAUAGAACAGAGCGUAUCUUAUCUGCUAUUGAGCAAACCAAGGGCAAAGAGCGCCAGAAGCCGACGGACCUCGGUGCCUCCGUACCGUGCUUCUUUACUGACUGGGUCAGGCAAAGCGCUUGGGGUUUAGCUAUCCAUAAAUUUGCUCGCCUUAUUGCAGUCAGCGCAAACACUUCUGAAAUCACUGUCUGGGCCUUUGCCCUGGUCGACCAGGAUGUGAAGGGCCAUAAAGAACCAGAAUCGGGCAAGCAGUCCUGUACAACUGACUGGGCAAGAGUUAUAUCACCUGCGCAGUUCGAAAAGCUUUGCCGGCUACCUCCGCAGCAUCGUCGCUCCCGUAAUCUCCGCAUUACCUUGUGUGGGCAUCCCAAUAACAUUCCAUGCGUUGAUUUCUUAAAUUGUGAGCUAGAUCCUCACGGGGAAUGGCUCCUUAGCACGGAUAUCUCGAAUAGACUUUUGGGAUGGAGGAUCUGGGAGAGUCCAAUUCCCGUUACUGGAUGGAACUUAAAUGCGAUAUGGCGCAGUCAAGGCCAGGAUUAUAUCGCUGAUUCCUAUGAGCGCGGAUGGGGCGUGCUUGCACUUGACCCAAGAUCUUUUCGAUUGAAGUCUUCCGUUGAGGAAGCCUGUGGUGGCCGGCCGUUCGUGCAAAAUAGGGGUGACACUUAUGAUAUAACUUCGCUCAUAGACCAUGUUCCUCGUGCCUCGACGCGGUACACAGUCCUUCCGCUGGAACAUCGCAAUGGUUCACUGCCUCAAAAUAUCGGGAAUGGACCUGCUCCUGAAUCUAACCUUCCUGUGGACUCAGAUGACGAUCUUAAUUUAGACGAAGGAUUUAAUCAAUUGGGUCAGAUUCAAGAGUCACUGGACGUGGUUGUUGCAACUAAUGAGGCCGACAGCGGAAGCGAUAGCGAAGAACCCUCUACUCUAAACACCCAAACUAGCAUGCAGUACCCCCCGGUCUUAGUGGCAUCCCAGGGAACUUGGAAUGAGCCGGAGGAGUCGCUUAUACCUACUGAAGAAAUAGACGGACAACUUCAAGGGACCCCGGAUAUGGUAAUAACCGAGGUCCCAGAUAUCUACGGAUGGGGUGAUUCCAACGAAGUAGAUGAGGAUAUGGAUGAAGGUGAAGAGCAAACGGCGGAUGAAGAUGCCAACGCUUAUUUAGUUGAUGCUCUGCUUGAGAGUCUAUAUGGGCCGACGGAUACUUCCUCACAGGCUUCUGAUUCCGCUCUUGAAGAUUCCAUUGAUCAUGCGAGAGCAAAGCCGGAGGCCUACGUUGAGUUCCCAAUCCUUCACUUCUCCGAAUCUGACAUUCGUAUGCUCUCGGGUCCAUAUAGCGAAAAAGCCAGUGUUGUAUGUCGCAUGGCCCUCAGACAAAUGAUUCCAGAACUGGCGCCAGCGAUUACAAACCGCGAUCGUCUCAACAUGGUUCACCAAAUCCCCGAGUUGGGGAUCGUUGUCGCAGCUUCACAGAAGGGCCGCGUUGCAAUUAUCUCGCUAACAGAAGUACUCAAUGUGGGUAGAUUUAUGAGAAUCGAUCACAUUGUUCCGUUUGAAAGUCAGGAGCAGCUCGGAAUGAGACCACUGGUCCCGUUGGUCGGAAUAGCAGUCGGACCGGUGGAAAGUAACCUAGUCCCCGUUGAGGGGGAAUCAUCCGACGACGAAUUCGAUGGAUCUUUCGCCGAAGACGUCGAAGGAAUGGAUGAUCCUAUGGAUGGGAAGAAGCCGGUGCGUGGUUAUGAGCGUAUCAGACGGCCUCCAGGCUUAAGAAUGCGGACACCUCGCGAACCGUGGCAUGGCUCCCAAUAUUCACGCAAGUAUCGGCUGAUUUUGAUGUACUUGGAUCAUACUGUGCUUCGCUACGAGCUCUUUUACGAUUGGCCCAAUGGUGUGCUUGGAGGUAAGCAGCAAGAUCGUGGGUCGUUUACUCUGGCUCCUUGGACCUAG